AUGAGCCAGAAGCGAGCGCACGAUGAACCGGGAGAGGAAGAGCCAAGGCCGAAGCUUGCAGCGAUUAUGCAAAACAGUGAAGACAACGAGAGCAAGGAUCUAGCAGAAGAUUAUUUUGAAACUUCUUCAACUACCAAUUGUACUGACGAGCUACAAUGCGCUGUACCUGCUUUCGAUCCACCGACAGAAGAAGAUGCUUAUGUUGUUGGCCGAGUAGCCGGGAAAUGUGUAAUUUUUUUCAUUGAUUCCGGGGCUCAAGUGAAUACUAUUGAAAAGAGAAUAUGGGACAAGAUUGCUCAGAAUAAGUCCACCGUGUCUAAGCUGCAUGACGUAUGUUACUCAUCGGAUAAAACAUUGCGUGCGUAUGCUUCACCGGGAGAAAUCAAAGUGACAGCAACCUUUUCGGCAAAACUGUAUGUUUCUAAAGAGAGACCGGUCUAUUUAGAAAAGUUUUACGUUGUUGAGGAGGCGCGAUCGUUAUUGAGCUUUAACACAGCAGCCCGAUACAGCCUAUUAGACUUGGGGCUAAGAGUUCCGAUUGGUGGAUACGGCAGCAUAUGGAAAUGCGAGCUCGCUAUGAUGAACACAGUAUCAGCUUCAGUCUCAGAGGAAUUUCCGAAAUUCAACGUUCCACCAGUACUACUGCGCUACAAUAUGGAUUUGCCCCCAGCUAGAAAUGUGUAUACGCAUAUCCCGGCCGGUUUCAAAAGAUUGACCCAGCAGAAACUCAGUGAGCUCUUGUCAUCUGGAAUCAUUGAACCGGUUACGGAAGAUAUGGAUAGAUCUUUUUGUUCCUCUCUGCUAGUAGUACCGAAGGGAAAGAACGACAUUCGCCUGGUCAUCGAUUUAAGAGGCCCGAACAAAUGCAUUUAUAGGACGCCGUUUAAAAUGCCGACUUUUGAAUCCAUACUAAUGGAACUGCAUGGGGCAAAAUGGUUUUCAACCAUAGAUCUUAAAAGUGCAUUCUUCCAUGUCGUCCUAGACGAGCGCUGUAGGCAUUUGACAAACUUCUUCUCAGGCGAUGCAUUAUACAGAUGUCGUCGGCUACCUUUUGGCUUAUGCAAUGCUCCUGACAUUUUUCAAGAGAUUAUGCAGUCCGUUGUACUGUCGGGAUGCAAGGGCACAGUCAACUACUUGGAUGAUGUCCUAGUGGUCGGCCAAACAAAGGAGGAGCAUGAUAGAAACCUAGCAGAAGUUUUAAAACAUCUGGAAAAUCACAACGUCAAACUAAAUCAAAGUAAAUGUGUAUUUCACAAACAAGAAGUGACGUUUUUGGGCUUCAAUUUGUCAGCUAACGGUUGGAGUAUAGAGGACGAGAAAAUUAAGGCUAUCCAACAUUUCCGUAGACCUGAAAAUCAAGAUGAAGUCAGGAGCUUCUUGGGUUUGAUAAACUACAUUGACAGAUUCAUUCAUAACCGGGCAGACAAGACUUGGAGGUUAAGGGAGCUUGCGAGAGCGGAACGGUUCUACUGGUCUGAAGAGUUGGACCAGGAAUUCGAUUACUUAAGAUGGGAAGCCUGGACGAAGGUCAAAACCUUGGGCUAUUACUGUCAGACUGAUGAAACCGAACUCUACGUGGAUGCUUCACCACAUGGUUUAGGUGCUGUUUUGGUCCAAUUUAAUAGCGAUUCUAAGCCAAGAGUCAUUGCGUGUGCUUCAAAAGCAUUAUCUUCGGCCGAACAGAAAUACCCACAUACUCAAAAAGAGGCUUUGGCCAUGGUUUGGGGUGUAGAAAGGUUCUCCAAUUAUCUAAUGAGUACAACCUUUAAGAUUAGAUCAGAUGCUAAAUCCAACGAAUUUAUUUUUGGAGGCAUGCAUCGAAUUGGAAAGAGGGCUGUUUCGCGGGCUGAGGCCUGGGCACUAAGAUUGCAGACAUAUGAUUUUUCGGUCGAGAGUGUUCCAGGUGACAUGAAUAUUGCAGACACUCUCUCAAGAUUAGUGAUCGAUAGCACACCAGCCGAAUCAUUCGACGACUCUUGCGAAGGACAUUUAUUAUUCGUCUUUGACAUGGGAAAUAUGAAGAUGAAUUGGAACGAAAUCGAAUUAGAAGCUGAGAACGACAAAGAACAGGCGGACAUCAGAGAAUCCCUUAAAUCUGGUACAUGGAAUACAGAGUUGCGAGCCUACGAAUGCCAAGCCAAGUAUUUACGAGUACUGGGUGCCCUGAUUUUCAAGGAGGAUCGCGUAAUAUUGCCUAUUAACUUGCGGACAAAAGCAAUGGAACUAGCACAUCAGGGUCAUAUGGGGACAUCAUCAAUGAAACGAAUCUUGCGUAACCACUUCUGGUGGCCUGGAAUGAGCAAAGAGGUACAGAAGCAUAUAGAAAAAUGCGAAACAUGCCUUAGAUUAUCGAAGAAAAACGCACCACUUCCUCUUACAAAUAGAGAACUUCCACAAGGACCAUGGGAAAUCUUACAAAUCGAUUUUUUUACCGAUAAAGAUUUCGGCCAUGGAGAGUUUUUGGUGGUUGUUGACACCUACUCCAGGUACAUCCAUGUCAUUGAAGUAAAGAACAUCGAUGCCGAAACAACAAACUCCGCACUAGCAAAAAUUUUUGAAGUGUGGGGUUAUCCUAUGGCAAUACAGAGCGAUAACGGACCACCUUUCCAGAGUGAUAAGUUCGUUAAGAUAUGGGAAGACAGAGGCAUCAAAAUACGAAAGUCUAUCCCGUUGAGUGCUCAAUCGAACGGCGCGGUAGAAAGACAAAAUAUCGGAAUCAAGCAUGCUUUGGCAGCCGCCAAAUUGGACAAUAUCAACUGGAGAACAGCUUUGGAGAGGUAUGUCCAUGCGCAUAACAAAGUUCGGCCACUAUCACGCUUUGGAGUUACACCCUUUGAGUUAUUGGUGGGAUGGAAGUUCCGUGGGACAUUCCCCAGCCUUUGGGAAUCAAAUUGUACUGAAAUAUUAGAUCGCACUGAUAUUAAGGAGAAGGAUGCAAUUUCUAAACUUGAGAGUAAAAAAUACGCAGACAGCCAAAGAAGAGCUAAAGAUUCGAAUAUUCAAGUAGGGGAUACAGUUUUAGUCGCAAUUCCGAAGAAGCGUAAGUCGGACCCGGAAUUUUCUGCUGAAAGAUUCUCGAUAAUUGCAAGAGAUGGAGCAAAAGUGAUAAUUCGGAGUAAAAGCGGGAUUCAAUACUCUCGUAACGUUCAGGAGGUUAAGAAGGUUCCAGAAGAUCUACAAGAGCUUGCUGAUAAAACGGUCAACAAUGACACUGAAUUGGGAAUCACAAACACAGAAACAGAAAACCAUGAAAGUGAAACUGGAAUUGAACUUGAGGACACGUUAGAUGAAAAUAUACAAGUGAUGCAGCGUCCAUCGCGAGCGACAAGAAAACCGAACAGAUUCAAAGACAUGAUACUCGGACGGACGCAAACAGCAGCAAGCAUCGCAGCAGCAAGCACAGCAGCAGCCACCUACAUAAGGUGCAGUGCCACAUUCCGUGGCUCACUCAGCAGUCGGACGACAAAGCGGACGGACGCAAACAGCAGCAAGCAUCGCAGCAGCAAGCACAGCAGCAGCCACCUACAUAAGGUGCAGUGCCACAUUCCGUGGCUGACUCAGCAGUCGGACGACAAAGCGGACGGACUCAAACAGCAGCAAGCACCGCAGCAAGCACCUACAUAA